AUGUCGUAUGAUUACUUGUUGCCUCAAGACAAAUCUAAUGCCGCGCAGGUCAUUGAGGAGAAUUACAUUGGAGGACAAACGCGCAGUGUUAACACACCGAAAACAGCUAACGCUUUUGCAAAACAAUUUCUUAUGGAAGCACAUGAACAUCUGCAGAGAGUAUUGACAGAUGAUUUGGAGCCUAGUGACUUGAAACAGACACUUGCCUAUGCGGAAAAGUGCAUCCGCUUUGCUCCCUCAAAUCCCACCUUUUAUAUCUUUAAAGGCGAAUUGUAUGCGAAGCGUGGGGACCUAUCCUCUGCCAUUCAAGUGUUCCGAAAAGCGAUGACAUGUAUCUCCCACUGUUCAAAUUACGAAAUUGAGGUGAAAAUAGUAACAGAAUCAGGAGCUGAGGUGAUAACUACAGAAAACAUCGAAAGACGCUUUAUGGACCUAACAUUUGUCCAUGGUCAGGAGCAAAUCAAGGCAGGCCAAUUUGAAGAGGGCCUUAACAGUCUCAGGGCAGCAAUGUUCAUUGCUGAAUACGUACAACAGGAGCAGCACAGGGCUUACGCUCUGACGCAGGAUCCCGAUCACCCUGCGGCCAAACAGCUAUUAAUGAAACUGCAGACUUACGGCCAGAGGCUAUGCUCGCGGAGUCAUUGGUUUUCGGCCAUCGGACGACCAGAGGAC